AUGGUAACUAUUGAGCCUCGCAUUGUUGGUGGUUACCGUCCCAACUAUGCCUCACUAACAAAAUAUGUUGUCUCCAUACGUCGUCGGGAUGAAACAGCAAAUAAAUUUGGUUACACUCAUUUCUGUGCGGGAUCAAUAAUAGCGGCUAAUAAGAUUUUAACCGUAGCCCAUUGUGUUCAUAGAAAUGGUAAGAAAUCUUCAUCUUCAGCAUAUAAAGUGGUGGCAAAAACUCCAGUGCGUUUAAAGAGAGCUACACAGACCCAAGAAAUUAAUAUUAAAAAAGUCAUCACACAUUCCCAAUAUUCGAACAGUACAUUAUUUCAUGACAUUGCUUUAUUGAUACUGGAAGAGGAUAUCCAGUUGGAUUCAAAAUUUGCUGCAAAAAUUUUACUACCCAAACAUAACUUUCAAGCAGGGAAUCUAUGCACAGUUGUGGGAUGGGGAAAAUUAUAUAUGUUUAGUUUGCAACAGCAUGGACCACUGGCUAAUGAAAUACUUUAUGUUGACUUGCAUCUGCAUUCAAGAAAAUACUGCAGGAGAAAGUUUCCCAAUUUCAGCGGUAAGAAAAUUUGUGCCUCAAAUAUUUACGAUAAAGAUAAGGAUGCAUGUGUGGGUGAUUCCGGAGGUCCUUUAAUAUGUAAUGAUGUGAUUACAGGAAUUGUUUCCUAUGGCUAUGGCUGUGCUGCGGGGCAUGCUGGUAUUUAUACCAAUGUUUUUAAAUAUGUAGAUUGGAUUAACAAGUCUGGACAGCAGACCCUUAAGCAUGUUUCAUUAAUGCUUUUGAUGACAUGCAUUUUAGCGUUACUUUUUUAA